GGCGGGGGCGCGGCCAGCGCCGGAAGCCCGCAGCGCUCGGCGUGCGCGGUCGGGCGCGGAGGAAGUGUGUUCCCGGCGGCACGCCGUCCUGCCAGCCGCCGCCAUCUUGUGCGGGAGGCGGCGGAGCUGCGCUGCGCUGCGCUGCGCGGAGGAGCGGCGGUGGUCGCGCCCCCCCCCCCGGCCCCCGGAGCCCGCCCGGUGCCCGCCGCCCCGCUGCCGCGGCGCCAUGUCUGCCGAGAGCCCCGAGCCCGCCUCGGCCGAGGAGCAGAAGGAAAUGGAGGAUAAGGUGAUCAGCCCAGAAAAAGCUGAAGAAGCAAAAUUGAAAGCAAGAUAUCCUCAUCUGGGCCAGAAGCCAGGAGGCUCAGACUUCUUGAGGAAGAGGCUUCAAAAAGGACAAAAAUACUUUGAUUCUGGUGACUACAACAUGGCUAAGGCAAAGAUGAAGAAUAAACAACUGCCUACUGCGGCUCCUGACAAGACUGAAGUCACUGGUGACCAUAUUCCUACUCCACAGGAUCUCCCACAGCGGAAACCAUCUCUUGUUGCUAGCAAGCUGGCUGGCUGACGAGAACAGCUGAACUGCAUGAUAAUUCUCAUUCCUGUUAUUUCUCCUUAAUAGUUAUUUCUCACCCUCACAUCCCCCUUUUUCUUUCUUACACUAAGUCAUGAGACUGACAGCUUUGCAGGUAGCGAUAGCAUGUGCUGCUAUUGUAAGGGAGUACUGUUAAGAGUAAAAAUGUAGUAUUUGGACUAGUUGAGAACAAUGCACUGAUUAAAAAAGGACAAGUUUGGUUAGAGUAAUGUAAUCUACUUGAAAAUGUACAUAUUGCCCAUUUCCUAGUGUAGGACUGGUUCCAGCAAGUGACAUCGCAAGUUUUACAACUUUUAAUGUUUCUGCUUUUGUUAUUUCACCUUAAUUACAGCAUAUUUGUAUUUAAUAUAACCUCCAGUUGUGUUGUUUUUUUUUCUGUGUUUGGUUUUGUUGUCUAAAAUAGAGGUUUAGACCACAAGUUGCUAGAUGGUAAAGCAUGUAUAAAAACAAAGACAGGGCUCUGAUUGAAUUUUGUUUCUGCUCUUGAACUUGAACGGCCUUAAACCUGUUUCAGCUUUAACAAUAGAGUUUUUACUUGGGCAAUAUUUGCCCAUUCUGGUGUAACUCUUGUGAACCUAGUGCUUAUUGACAACUGCCUGUUGAAGCUGGUAUCCUUUUCAGUUCCGUAGCUUAGAACACACUUUUGUUGAAGAUGUGAAUGAAGUGUGCAUGUGCAUAGACUGUUGAAUUCACUCUUGUGCCAUUUUUGUAAAUACAAUAGUUUUGCACAACCUUUUGCAAAUGUCUAUUAAUUUUACAUUUUAAAAAGCAGAUAAUGUGCCAAUCAAAGCACAAGUGAUUCUGUAUCUUUCAAAGUCUUGGCCUGAAACUAAGAGCCCAGAAUCUUGCUACUGAAAGUGAAAAUUGUGUACCUGAAAUUUGUGAAACCCCUAGACUUACACUUGACUCAGCCUUAUGCUUUUGCAGUUGUAUAUUUUGUUUCGCAACAAUGUCCAGCAUUCAGUUAUAAAUCUGAAAUUUGUACCUAUAUUUAAAGGCAGGUGCCCUUUCUGUUCAGCAGCUCUUUAAGCUUUUAAAGGUGAAAUGCUCAAUGGUAUGACAUGGGAAAUAGCUAAAUGUACUGUUCUAGAGAGUUUACCAUGUGGCAAACUCCAAAUCUAGGCUUGCUAAGGUUUGAUAUGCAGUUGUCGUUGUACUAUUUUAGACUUCUGGAAGUGAAAGGGUAUAAUUCUUUUUCUUGAAGUCCUUAAAUGGCAGUAAACUAACUCCUUUUUUUCUGUUAUACAGCAGCCCCUCAUUGGUUUUGGGAAAUGAAAGGAACUGGAACUGGUAUUUGUAUAAUGAUCUACUGAGAGAUAGGUAAUUCUUCACGUCAGAAAAUAAGAAAAAAACUUCAGUUCGUCUGUAUGAUGCAGGUUGUGAGUACUAGAUUGCCAGAAUACACAGUUGAUACUAGAUGGGUAACCUGAUGAAUUUAAGAGCAUGAUUUGUUCAGUGAAAUCAGAUAUAUUAAAAUACAGUAUGAUCCAUAAUGUAAUUGAUUUUAAUACAGGCAAUCAUGGCCUUGAUGUUCUUUAGGAGUGUAAGAAACCCUUUAAAAAUAUCAGCGUACUUUUUUCUUAAACGGUUCUAUUAAAACACUAUAAAAAGCAAAGAACCAAUGCAGGCAUUGUAAGAGAAACCACUUUUGAAGAUGCAUGUUUUUAGAAGGAAGCACUUUGUAUUGAUAUAUUCAGAAAGGUCUUACAGAAUAAAUAUCUACUAGUUGAAAAGAAGACUGGCCCAUAUUUUCUGCAAUGCUCUUUUCUAAAGGAAAACUCAAUAAAAUGAUCAAGAUGAGAUGAAUAAUCUUAACUUGGCCCUGCUUUGGUUAGAAUAGGCGGAAACUCUAUCAGUGUCUGUUAUAAUGUGUAUUCUUCAGUUUAGAGAAGUCAUUCCAGAGAACUUUUUAAAUUGAUAACCUGGUUCUUUGCAAGUCUUUAUAGCCAUUUUCAAGUAAUUACGGACAAACUUGUGAGAGCCCUUUUAUUCCUUAUCCUCCACUAAUACUAUAAACAAGUUGUGAUUUUUCACAGAACAGUUUGAAGAAAUUGUUAGACCGAUUUGUGUUUUUUUUAAGCAAGAAAUUAGGCUGGGAGAAUAACAAGGAAGCUGGAUAUAUUAAAGCAAACUGCUUUCUAUAGUUGUUCAGUCUAAUGUGAAAAUCCCUUUUAUUUUUGUAUGUGUAAAUGAAAUUUGAAAAAACAAUAGGAUUGGGCCACAAAUAUUGAACAGUUGAAGGUGACUUGCUUUGUAUUGUCUGGUUCCACUAUUUUGUAGCUCACAUAUGGUGAGUUUUUUGAUGCUUGAGAUU